CUAGAUACUACUGCUGAGCCUCUCUCCUCCAACCAUGACUUCUCUUCCUUCUAAUUUCGCCCGGAACAUCUCUCGCAUUCAAGUCGUCUGUCGUAGCGCCCAGCUUCAACAUAAGCUCGCCCGGAUAUCUAGUCCCUUCGCUCUUACUACCACUCUCAGAAUUCCCUCCAGACCCGCAAACCGGAUCUCAACACGUCCUUUCACAACAACACGAAUCAUGGCGGUCGACCACGAGCACUGGAUGAAGACGAGCGGUCAAAAUGACCCGGUCUGGAUCCACAAGGACCCGUACAUCAACCGUCCUGAAUUCCCAACCCUCGACAAAGAUCUCGAAACAGAUGUCUGCAUCAUCGGAUCAGGCAUCUCGGGAGUCUCCGUCGCAGAGCAACUCGUCAAACGCGGACUGGACGUUGUCAUGAUUGAGGCCAGGAACAUCAUCUCAGGCGAGACAGGUCGUACGUCAGGCCAUCUGUCGUCCGAUCUCGACGACGGAUACACCGAAAUCGCAAAGAAAUUCGGCAAGGACGGGGCCAAAAUCGCGUUCGAAUCUCACGACUGGGCGCUCAAGCACAUUGGUGAGGUCGCCAAAAAAUUGGGAAUCGACUGCGAGUACCGCCAAUUGCACGCAUACGACAUAUCGCAAUAUCCUAAAGGAACUAAGGAGCACGAUGAAGACAUUCAGGUAAUCAAAGACGAGGUCAAGCUUAUGCAAGAGCUCGGAAUGGACGCGAAGUACGUUGAAAACGCAACCAUCAAAGGCUGGGAUGGCACUCCCGAUCAACGAGAUGCCGCCAUCAUCGGAACCCAGGCUACAUUUCAUCCAACCAAGUACCUCAACGGCGUAUUGAACUGGCUACGGAGACAGCCCAACUUCCAGUGCUACACGCGUACUCGCAUGACGGACAACUCUGAGAAAGGCAUGACCGUGCCUCUGGUCGAUGUGCAUCUUGGCUCCAAAGGUGUGACAGUGCAAACAGCCAACGGACACACCAUCACCUGCAGCCACUCCGUCGAAGCCACCUGCGUACCGUUGCAGAAAUUGAGCCUAAUCGCCGAGAUGGAGUACGACCGGACAUACUGUAUUGCCAUCCGCAUCCCCAAGGGUACAGUCGAGGACUGUCUCAUCUACGACUCGGCCGAAAAGUACAAGUACAUUCGGAAGACCGAAUGCGAUGAUGAGUGGGACUACAUGGUCGUUGGAGGGUGCGACCACAAAGUCGGCAAGGAGGCUGAAUGGGAGGAGCGAUAUCAAGAACUCGAGACUUGGGUGAGAGAGAGAUUCACCAAGGCUGGAUCCGUCGAUUACAGAUGGUCAGGCCAGGUUUUCGAGCCAAUGGACUACAUGGCGUACAUUGGCAGGAAGACUGGGUGCCAGUUUAUCUACACUGUCACGGGCGACUCGGGCAACGGCCUCACGCACGGUGUUCUGGCGGGAAAACUGAUAGCCGAUGAGAUCCAAGGUCUCGACAAUCCGUGGGAGCAGGUGUACGAUCCGAAACAUCGACAUACAACGGUCAUGAGUCGCGCCCCGGACCUCUUGAAGCAUGACCUGUCAAUCAACGCCGAGUACAAGCGCUUCUUGAAGUCGGAUAUUCAAGAUGUCGAGGAUCUGGGCCUCGACCAGGGAGGUAUACUAAACCCGGCGACCAAGACGCCCCAGGCGGUGUACAAGGAUAAAAAUGGAAAAGUGCAUAAGUACAGUGCAUUGUGUCCGCAUCUCAAGGGAGUGGUCUGCUGGAAUAAUGAUGAGAAAAGCUGGGAUUGUCCGGUACAUGGAAGUCGCUUCGCCAGUGAUGGAACACAAAUCUGUGGUCCCUCAAAGAUGGGACUUAGCAAACUGGAAUAGGGGAAUGCUUGUGCUGGCAAGGGUUUCGGCUUGUUUUUUCCAGUUACGAAGCAAUACUAUGCCAGGUACUGACUCCGAUGCCAAGUAUGGACGUGGUGACAAUGAUGCUUAUGAAGCAACACAGGCGAAGAGAAUGAACUCGAGGAUAUGCAAGGUUAUGAAAGGCAUCAGGGACAGGCGAGGGCAGCUGAUGCAAGCGCUGAGGGAGACGGACAGUAACUGUAUCAUAAUAAUCAUGGCA